AUGAAGAGGGCAAGAAGAACAACCGAGCCAAUCUCCAAUCGGGCCAUUCCCCACACCCUGGAGGAGUUGAGGGAAGAACUGAGCCAAGUGGGUUGUGAGGGUUUACGACUCACGACUGGAAACACACAGUUUUUCCUCAACGAGCCUAUAAGGGGUGCGGACGGGGAGCCGUUGGCCGAGGGCUUCGUCAGCCACAGAAUACUGCAGCAUUUGAGGAGGCAUCCUGCGGAGGCGUCUCAUAUUCUUAUAGACGUUACAUUCAAGACUGUCCCCAGGCGACCACAGGGGGUGCAACAGUUCAUCUCUAUACAUGCUAUGUACAUGGAUAUACAGUGGGCGCCAGAAGGGCGAUGAAGAGGGCAAGAAGAACAACCGAGCCAAUCUCUAAUCGGGCCAUUCCCCGCACCCUGGAGGAGUUGAGGGAAGAACUGAGCCAAGUGGGUUGUGAGGGUUUACGACUCACGACUGGAAACACACAGUUUUUCCUCAACGAGCCUAU